UCGCCGCUCAUGUCGACACGCCAUCCCUCACAGUAUCCUUCCGCAUACUCUCCUCAGACCACUGAAGAGGACAACUUGACUCUCGUCUACUUUGAUAACACAGUCCAUCGGUCAGGAUGGUUGCUUGUCGUCCAGAGAUGCUGCUCUUGCUGCUCCUGACAGGUGGCGUCAUCAUGUGCUCGUCAGAUUCAGGGGGAAGUGCAGGAAACGGCACACAUCAGACCCGCGACAUCAGUGAGACAGAGGAGCUACAGAUCAAUGUCACCGGUCCCACCGGUGCGCCAGCGAUGACCAAUCCCACAAUGUUGCCGCCCUGCCCAUCAGGUCUACAGAAAAGCAACAGUCUUGGCCUCAAGUACAACUUGUCUGGCAUAAUGGAGAAGGUCGCGCCCGCCGUUGUUCUUGUCUCCAGCUAUUUCAAGCCCAGUCACUGGAACUGGGCUGGGGAGAUGUCCCCUACCCUUGGCUUCAUCGUGUCUGAGGACGGACUCAUCGUCAUUGAUGACCACAGGUUCUCAGAGAAUGAGCCAGUACAGGUGAGGCUGAACAAUGGUGCUACAUUUGAGGCAGAGAUUAAAGACUUUGAGUUGCCUGGCCUCACUGUGAUCAAGAUCAACACAACCACCAAACUGCCAUUUCUUCGGCUCGGCAAUUCGGCGGACCUUUGCCUUGGUGAGAUGGUGUUGGUCAUGGGCAUGUGGAAUGUUGCCAAGAUCGCCUUCAUCAAGGAACUGGACUUCCAUCACAAUGGCAGACACUACAUUAAGAUUAAAAACCUCAGCGAGUGCGGCACCCUGGAUGGUCCUCUUGUCAACUUGGACGGAGAAGUGGUCGGCACUAUCAGUAGACAGGACAUUGAUGGGCACAUUGCCAUCUCUUCAGAGGAGAUCAGAGAGUACCUGGGCAAGGUCGAAGUGAUAAACCGCCUGAAGGAGGACACUGGCAUCUGGAUGAUUAGCCUCACACCAAAGUUGGCCAAGGAGCUCAAGAAGGGACUGUGGGACUUCCCAGACGUCACCUCUGGUGCUUACAUCAUGGGCGUCUUCGACUGGCCUCCUGCCAAGGCCGCCGGUCUGCAGAAGGGUGAUGUCAUCAUCGGCGUCGAUGGCAAGCGUGUGACAUCCGCCAGUGACGUCUAUGCCGCCAUCAAGCGAGGCUACGAGUUUCGUGUGCUGGUGAAGCGGGGCUACACGGUUGUCACUCUCGUCAUCGUGCCCUAGGAGAACGACCGUUGACCCUGCGAGGCCAAUUGGUGUUUUCACGACCUGUUAUAGCCAGACUGGCACCGUGGAACACAUGCUAACUUAGAUACUAACUUUAUUCCGUUUCAUUUUAACACUGAGCCCUUAUGGGUGGUAGGAGGAAGGAGGGCUAUCUGUCAUGCUUGGAGGUUUUACAUGCAUACAUGCCAAGCAAAUCCACACAUACAUCUGCAAUAUUUGUCAAGUACUAUAUGUUUUAAUCAGUAGUCAUAGUAGCCGAAUAUAUGAUCUUUUUUCAUGCAAAGAGUGCACUCUUUUGGGAAAGGUGAUGUGUGACAAGAACAACGUAUGAUGCAAUGCAAGUGCAAUCCAUGGAACAGGUUAAAACCAGUAAGAAGACGACCUCUGAGUAAGGCGUCGUGCAAGGGACGGUCUGCAGACAGUCGAUCCUUCAGUUUGCCCUACACGCUUUUUCAUUUUCAAUCAUAUAAUUUUCUCAUGUUUAUGUAAGUUUUACUAUUUUUGGUAAUUACUAUUAGUACACUUAUUCUUUUUAUCCCCUCACACACAUUGGCAUUUGGCUCUUUUGACCAAAAAUUUCCCCUUUUUUUAUUUGGGACAUUUCACUCUUUGUCAAACAUUUUGCCCCCUUUUCACAUCUAUGCCAAGGUUUUUGAAGGUUAAAUCAAGGUCAGUUGGAGCAAUAGUGUCUCGUAGUAAUUAGCAACUUUUACCAUAUACUGUAUUUGACAAGUACUAUUAUAACUGCUUUGUGUGGUUUUGCAUUUUUAUAUUGCCCUUGCAUAAUCCUGCAAUAAACUUUCUUUUUGAGCAACUGAAAA